AGUGUAUUUGAGAGUCGGGUGGCGCUCAGCGGAUGAAAACUUGUCUUCAAGAUGGGCUUUGAAAUGCCACCGGUCUCGAACAAAAAACUACCCGUUUAAUCCCCCAAAUAACCUUCCCAGGACACCAAGGCAGGCUUGGAGAACUGCAGGUUGUAUCUGUUUGGGUUUGAUACGUUCCAUGCCCACAAAUGACCAGCGAAACGGCGAAAACCAAGCAAUAUUCUCCGAUCAUGUCACGGCGAAAUUGGGAGGUUUUUCCCGGACGAAAUAAGUUCUACUGUGAUGGCCGCAUCAUAAUGGCGAGAAAUAACGGUGUUUUUUACUUCACUGUCAUCCUCAUAGUUAUAACGACAGGAUUGUUCUUCGCAUUCGACUCUGUUUACCUAUUCAAACACCUUUCUCCUGCUGUACCCAUCAUAGCUGCCUGGUUAUUCUUCUUUGUCAUGGCCACCUUGCUCAGGACAGCCUUUAGUGAUCCUGGGAUUGUGCCGAGGGCGUCGGCAGAUGAAGCAGCCUACAUUGAGAAGAGCAUGGCUGAGCCACCAUCAGGGGACCCUCAGACAUACAGACCCCCUCCGCGCACAAAAGAGGUGACCGUCAAUGGGCAGACAAUCAAACUCAAGUUCUGUUUCACGUGUAAAAUAUUCCGCCCGCCACGAACUUCUCACUGUAGCAUGUGUGACAAUUGUGUCGAACGGUUUGACCAUCACUGCCCUUGGGUUGGUAACUGUGUCGGCAAGAGAAAUUACAAGUUCUUCUACAUGUUCCUUCUCUCCCUAUCUAUUCACUGCUGUUAUAUAUUCGCUUUUGUCAUCAUUCAUCUAGUCAUGUUAACCAAUAGAGAAAACAGAUCUUUUGUUGAUGCUAUGAAAGAAUCCCCAGCAAGUAUUCUGGAAGCUGUUGUGUGCUUUUUCUCCAUCUGGUCCAUCGUUGGUCUAACGGGUUUCCACACAUACCUUGUGGCAUCCAAUCAAACUACUAAUGAAGAUAUCAAAGGUUCCUUUUCCUCCAGGCGAGGGCAAGAUAAUUAUAAUCCCUACAGUGUUGGUAGUUCCUGUGGUAACUGCUUAGCUGUCAUUUGUGGUCCAAUGGAGCCAAGUUUAUUAGAUAGAAGAGGAAUGGUGAUACCUGAACCACCCGAGAGUGCUGAUAGUUAUGGUGCUCUAGGGACCACUAGCCAGCCUCGUCCAGGAUCGCCAAAUGGCAUCAGUCAGGUGACAACUGUUGAUGAGACAAAAGACAGCACCAGAACUCCAGAAAAAAACAUGGAAGAUGCACUCAAAGCCGACAGCGAUAAGGGCCUGGUUAAACUCAGCAGCGUAUGAAACCAUUACAUGGAUACCCUGAAAUGAUAAGACAAUGGAGACUGCAUAUGGUCCCACCUCAUUGGAAUUCUGAUUUUAUUCUGAUAGUGGUAAGAGAGCAGUGUUUGAAUGCACCAGAUCAAAACAUUGACUUAAUAGGACUGUACAGGAGUCGUUUGAAUACACCAGACUGCAGUGAUUUGAUAGGACAGUGCAGUAGUCAGUGAAAAGGGACUUCAUAGUGUUAAAAUAUAACACCCGAUUGCAAUACUUUCUAACUGCAAAGAAAUCAUGGAAGAAGAGCCAUUAGGCUUAAACUAACAUGUGUAUGGAUGAACUAGGCCACUAAUGAACUGGUCCAACUUAUGCAAGCAAAAACUGCACCAAUAAUCAGAGGUAAAUUAAAACCAUAAAGAAGGGUUGCCUUUGGAGAAUUUGUACCAAACUCAUUGCUGAUUGAGAUAAGAACAUUUCAAGCUUGAUUCCAAUUGAUGACAAAGCCCUGCAUGGAAUUGAAGUGCGUGCUAUGGACAUCACCAAACUUGUUGUAUCAUGACUGCCAGAUUUGAUUGACUUCACAUAUUUCCCAGACAAGACCCAUUUUUUUUGAUGUCCUGACAACAAAAUUUAGUGUAAAAAUCUUGCAAUUUUGAGGAACAUUUUGUUACAUAUAUUAUUAUCAUGUCUUUAUUAUCUGUAUACAGUCAUCCCAAUGUAUUGUAGAAACCUUCAGAAUAUUUGUUUGCUUUUUUUCAGGUUUUUUAUGUUUUAAGAGAAGGGAUUUUUGGAAACACUGAGUGAAUAUUUGUGGGUAGACUGUAUUGGGCCCUAGCAAGAAUUUUGAUUUAUUUUACGACUAAUUUGUCUUCUAAUUUGUCUCUUGCUAGUGGCAAACUAUUUUUUUAUUUGAUCUCUGACUUCAGUGGGGUGAUUCACAUGACCAUUCCAACUCUCCUGGCUAUAGCCCUGACUGUUGGCUUUACACCUAAUCCUGGCUAAGCUGCUGUACUAGGUCAACUCAGCGGCGUAGCCAGGAUUUUUAACAGGAGGGGGGCCAAAAGGCCCUUUCAAGGCAUUUUCUCCUGUGUUUUAAAUAAUGUCUCAUACAUUUACUGUAUGUUUGGCUGUUAGAAGGGGGGGGGGGGUGGGACCCCUAGGCCACCGCCUGGCUACGCCCCUGAUACUCUAGCUGUUUCCAGGACAGGGGGGACAGAGAUAUUAGGCUAAAUUUUGAUAAAUUUAAUAUUCCCUCUAAUUUGACUAGAGCAUUCCUUGAUUUUUGAAACGCUUUCCAGCUAACCUAGAAAACCAGGUCAAGUUAAAAUAUAUUUGAAAUCUAAGCGCACUGGCAGUCCCCCCAAGAUACCUGAGACCUACUGGACUAAUCAAAAUAUUUCAUGAUUUCAGACAACCUGAAAAUAGUUUGGUCUGGUUUAUCAGAGUUUAGCCUAACACACCCUCCUGGCCGUGCUGUACCUGUGGCACUGAUUUUGAGGGAUAACCAAGGCUCACGUAAAAUAUUUUUAUUUUUAUUUCACCUAUUGAGAUCUGGAAUAAAAAGGGGUAAUACAUCCAUAUCUCGCAAAUAAUGAUGUAAAACGUGGACAUGUAAAUUUACAUAGUGUCAUUGAGGCCAAAACACACUUAGAGUGGUUUUCAUUAACCUGUAAACCAAAGUGUGAUAGUAAAAGGGUAAUAGUCAGUUAAACACAAAUGAGAACAAUAGAAUCAGAUCACAAAGUGUAAAAAUGUUAAAGUGUAGUUCACGGGUUAAUGAAAAUCACUAUUGUUCUGAGGUUGUUUUUUUAUCAUAAAUGAGUAAAAUGAACAGUUUAGUGCCAUGUA